AUGACUCGGUCACAAAAAUUGCCUCUGCUCUUUAUUGGAAAAUAUCUGAAACCAAGGUGUUUCAAAAAUGUUCAGAAGAUUCCUGCUGCAUAUUAUGCUAAUAAUAAGGCCUGGAUGACUGGCAACAUCUACGAAAAAUGGUUGAGAGGUUUAGAUAACCGUUUUUCAGCAGAGAAGCGCAAAGUUCUCCUAAUCGUGGACAAUUGUACGGCACACAUGGAAGUCACUGGGCUUCAGGCAAUCCGUGUGGAAUAUCUCCCACCAAAUGCAACUGCAGUUUUACAGCCAAUGGAUCAGGGGAUAAUCAAUAGUUUCAAGCGAAAAUAUAAGACAGUGCUCUUGCAAAGAGUAAUCCUUGGCUUGGAAAGGGACAACCUUAUCAGAUUGAUAUUCUUGGUGCAAUGCAUUUAUCAAUCAGUGCAUGGAAUGAUGUUUUAG